UAAGCUUCAGUUCAAACAUUUUAUAAUUACACAUCACUCUCAACAUACUAUUUUUACGUACGUUUUUGCUGUUUGCAUUUGUACACCUCUGUCAUUAUAUACAUUCAUCUUCCCGACCCAGAAAAAUCCUUCAUCAAAAUGAUGCAGAGAUGCAAUAAUUCUUGCGGGCAAUGUUCUUGUGGUCUGUAUCACACUUCAAACAAUUCAUUUUCAAUGAUCUUUUCAUCUCCCAAUUCUAAACCGUUUGAUCAUGAUCAUGGGGAUAUGUAUUCUGCUUCAUCUUCUGUGGAUUGCACCCUUUCUCUGGGCACUCCUUCGACUCGACUGACCAAUGAAAAUGAAAAGAAACGAUACUCUUGCAUGUCUAACUUUGGGUGGAACAUAUUGCAGUCCAAACCACCGUCAACCGCCGGGAAACACCGUGGUGGAAGUAAUAGCAUCACCAGUUCCAGUGGUGGAGACCCUCUUUUAGCCCGCCGAUGUGCUAAUUGUGACACUACUUCUACUCCCCUCUGGAGGAACGGUCCACGUGGCCCAAAGUCUCUAUGCAAUGCUUGUGGGAUUCGUUUCAAGAAGGAAGAGAGGAGAGCCACCGCCGUCAAUAACGGCGGCUCUGCUGCUGCCAAUAACAGUUCAUGGGUUCAUCACCAUUCACAGCACGAGAAAAUGCCAUGUUUUUCUUCAUCAAAUUAUGCUAAUGAAUUCAGGUUCAUUGAAGAAAAUGAUCAUCAUGAAUCCGAAAAUGGCAUUCCAUUCCGCACUUGGCGAUUCAAUGUCACAGACAGGCCAAAUUUCGUUCAUGAUUUCACCAGAUAAACUUAAAAAGAAAAAAGCCAAAAAGGAAAAGAAAAAUUCAAGAAAUCGGCAAAGAAAAUCUUGAAAUUCCUCAGCCCAUUUGACGAUAUUGUUGGAACAGACAGUGUACCUAGAAGUUUCACCUAGGUCCGGCCUAUUUGAUGAUGAAGAUGGCUGAGGCUGAGGCUGAGGCUGAGGAAAUUGAUUUUCUUUUCUGAUUCGUCUUACGUAGUUGGAGUGAAAAUGAGUUAAUUCUAUGUAUCUUUUCUUUUUCUUUGGCUUUCACUUUUUUCACCUUUGAUUAAGUUACAUAUAUUAUUACUAGGUAAACUUUUGUGUAAGUCUGUUUCUUGAAUAUGACAAGGGCAAGUAUUAGUUAGCUUUAGCUUUGGGUCCACCCAAGUCAUUAGCUGGAGCUGCUAUUGGAUA